CUUAUUCUAAGAACUGGGGGAAGAUACUGGACAGUUUUGGGCAGGGCUACCUCUACCAGAUCCCAUUUCUGUUUUGCAAAGAUUCCUCUGGAGAAUCAAUUUCAUGGGAGCAAGGGAGGAGCAUGGCCAUUGGAUGGGGAACUGUUUUUGCCCAGGUGAGAGAGAAGGGUAGGGGCUAUGGAGAGGGAGUGGAAAGGAUCCAGAGUUUCGGGGAGUGAGGAAGCAGGUGUUUUCAGUGGGUUAGUUGAGGGGGCCUCAGCAGCCUUCUAUGUCUCCGGCUGUUAGCAAAUUGGCUAGCUUCUAUCCUUUGUCUUCCAAGGGAGUGGGGUCUGUUCCAACAUGGACUCUGCCAGGCCAGGCUCCCUCAGCAUGGCCCCCCUGAGAUUGGGGUGAGACAGCUGGACUAAAGGCACUCUGCAGAUCAGGUCUAUGCCAGCAGGUGUUCACUGUCCAAGGCCAAGACGAGGGAAGGUUUGAAGGCUUCAGAGAGAGCCGCUGGAGGGAUACACAAAAGCCCUUUGUUCAGGCCAGGGUGGUUUCCUGGAGAGAUGCCCCAGACACUCCUCCCUGAAGGGCUUGGGUGGGGUGGGGGUCCCAACAUAGCUGGUGGCCCCAACAGCAGGAGGGACCACUGUGUGCCAAGGUUAGAUGGGGCUCUGGAAAUCUCUAUAAGGAAGCAACCCAGAAUUGUGGGGCACCUAGGCACGGCACAUCCUCUGGAGAUUCCAGGGUCUUCUCAACACCCCGGUGAGGGAAUGGUCACUCCCGAUUGCAGAGGCUGCAUUUUCAGUAACUUGUAAUAAAUUAUAAAUUCAGAGGCAGCUCUCAAAACAGUCCUAGUCACCACCACCGCUGCCCCCAAGUGCUAGUGACUAUAGUGAUGGACCACCACAGGGUGAAACCUCUGGGGUGAGCCUGUGAGAUCUGACCCUCCCCAACACAUAUAGAAAAACUGACAUCCACAACACAAACUUCCUCCUUUGUGACUUGGGAACAUUAAGAGAUCUCCCCAAUGUGAGGAUUAAGCAGUUCCUGGUGACAACUGUGUUAGUUGUCCAGGCAAGUUCAAAGACAAUCCUGUGGGGCACACCCUGGCAGAAGGCUCUCACCAAUCCUAGCAUUACACAAGAUCUGGGAGAGCAGGGAGGGUGGGCCAGGCCUGGCGGCACUUUGAUGGCUCCUCCUUCUCCAGCCCCCAGCCCCCGUGGCCAGAUAGAUUUGGGCUGAAGGCCUCAGGCAGCAGUACCAACCCUCCAACGCCUCUGUGCUCCUGCUGCUCCACCCAGAUCUUCAGUUUGAGGCCCAGUGAGGAAGCUAAGGACACGGAUAGGGCAGGGCUGCAAGGACCUGGCAGGUCUGAGGCAAGCAGGGGAAUUCCAGCCAGUCUUCCGGGUGCCCAGGAGCACCGCCAGUCCGUGUGGUUAGGGAGCCAGCAGGAUACUCUACCACACGCUGCUGACUCCAGAAGCCCAGGACCUCAACCCUCUGACACCACAGCUAUGGCACGCCCUAGGCACCCAGUGUCAGUACGUGCAGCUGCUCUGGUGCAGACAGAGAAGCUCCAAACAUUCGCCUUCUCUGUGCGCUGGUCGGAUGAAAGCAACACCUUCGUGCGAAGGAGCUGGGACGAAUUUAGGAAGCUUCAUAAGAUCCUCAAGGAGACCUUCCCGGUGGAGGCCGGCCUGCUGCGGAGAUCCGACCGAGUUCUCCCCAAGCUUUCUGAUGCAUCUGCAUUACUGUUGGCGCGUGGGGGGCGCAUGGGCCGUGGCCUGGCGCGCCUGCGGUUGCUAGAGACCUAUUCUCAGACAUUGCUAGCAGCAGAGCAAGUGUCCAGGGGGCCAGCACUCACUGGCUUCUUCGAGCCACAACCCCUGGACCUGGAGCCCUCACUACCACCUGGCAGCCUGGUGAUCUUGCCUGUCCUGGAAGAGCCCCUACCCGGCUCUGUGGGCAGCCUUGCCAUAGGCAGCCCGGUGGCUCUGAGCCUGCACUGCCUGCAGCCCUUCAGCACCCAGGACACAUGGGGCCAACCCUUCCAUGCUCAGGCCCAGGAGGCCCUAGAUGUGCUGCUGCGACACCCCUCAGGUUGGUGGCUGGUGGCUAAUGAAGACCAGCAGGUAGCAUGGUUUCCUGCUCCCUAUUUGGAGGAAGUGGCCCUGGGUCAGGGACAAGAUGGAAGACAGCCCCUAGGGAACAGUGGCUCCCAGUUCUGUGUUUCUCAAGCCUAUGAAGGCAGCCAGGCUGAUGAGCUGUCAGUGCCUGCGGGGGCAAGAGUGCAAGUGCUGGAAAUGUCGGACCGAGGCUGGUGGCUGUGCAGGUUUGGUGGCCGCACAGGUCUUCUCCCCUCUGUGCUACUGCAGCCUGAUGGGCUAGGCAUGUUCCUGAAUGGACCAGGGCUCCAUUCUGGGACAGAGGGUGGGGAGAACAGGGCAGAGGUGGCCCAAAGCUCCCCUAAGUCCCCCCAGACCAUGACCCUUCCCCCUACUCUGCCCACCCGCCCCCCGCUGAGUGCCAUUCAGAGCCGCUGCUGCACCAUCACCCGUAGGGCACUGGGGAGGGACCAACGGGGUCAGGGACAUCCUUGAGGAUGGAGCGGCAGGCCAGAGGCUCCAGACACCAGGAAUGACUGA